AUGGAUGACACAAGCCCCCAAGAUGACCCUGUCGGGCCACCAUAUGAAUACACGAUGGAUAACACAAGCCGGCAAGAUGACGCCAUCAGGUCAUUUGCAUCCACGUUAAGGCAGCCGUACGCCUACGACAGUGACCACUCCGACCUCCUAGAUUUCGGAAUCCACCCCCUAGAGGUCGAACCAUCCUCGUCCGAAGACUCAACGUACAUGCAACAACUAAACGACCGCAGGAGCUUCGUCAACUCUUCAAUAUGUACCAUCGAUCCGAUCCUCGAAUUACUCGUCAAGGAUUUCAACGGUCUCAGAAAAUCCACAGCCAUAAAAUUAUCUAAAUCCCCAAACGAAAUAAAAUCCUCGAACGAAACUAAAUCCCCAAGCGAAACUAAAUCCCCAAGUGAAGCUAAUUCCCCAAGCGAAGCUAAUUCCAUAAACGAAAUUUACUCCCCAAACAAAACUAAAUCCCCAAACGAACUUAACUCUCCAAACGAAACUAAUUCCUCAAACGAAACUCAUUCCUCAGACGAAACUGAUUACCCAACCGAAUUCGAAACUCUGAUCCCUAAUGCAUGGCAUCUCAGUGUUAGAUUCUUACACCUAUCACCACCACAUGGAAUGCAGCGGGUAUUAUGCCUCUGGCUCAUGAAUUCUAAUUAUAUAGCCCCAUUUGCUCCACUAAGCUACAUCGAUUACGACGAUACGGCACCAGAAGAAAUCGUAGACGCAGAAACCAAAGCAAUAGCUAUUGUUCCUCAGAUGCUUCGGACCUUUUUAAAAUUAGCGGUUCAGGAGAAAAGAGUGGCGAUGCCACAACCGUGGUUAUUGAUGAUUACGAGAGACAUGCCGCUUCUGACGGCUAUUGGGGAUCUAUUGAAGAGAGCCGGUGUGGAUUCUAGGACUCUGUGGACCGUGCAUCCUGCGAGUGAGGAGCGCGCCCAGCAAGCAGAGUGGUGGUUUAAAAAGUAUGAGGGAACGAUUUAUAGUCUGCUUGGGACUGAUGAUGUCGUCGAUUCUGGGCCUAUGGAUAUUGAUAAAGGGGAUUCACCACCGGAAGACGCGCAAGGCUCUUGGGGGGCUACUGGAGGCCAGGAGGGUGAUGCUGGAGAACAGGGAGAGGCUACUGGGGAUCAUGAAAUGACUACUGAUGAUCAUGAAAUGACUUGUAGUGAGCCUAAGGAGGCUACGAGGGAGCAGAAUGAAACCGCUAAAGAAGAAGACAAGGACACUAAAGAAAAAAAACAAGGUACUACUGGACAAAGGGGUGGUACGACAAGGCAUUCCGAAGCGCCUAGCGAACCUCAACGUACCGAACGGAGCUUGAAGGGUCGAAAAAGACAAAAAAACUGUUAA